ACUAAUCAGUAAAUUAGGUUAGGAAGCCAAUAAACUCAGACGGCAUUUAGUCCGGUGUUUUGAUGUUUUGAACUUCUCGUGUCUGUAUAUAAAAAUUUAAAUGGUCUUUGGAAUGUUAGUUUUGUAUGUAUCAUCAGUACAAAAAAAGCAAAACCAGUGAUAAACAGUGACAAUUUUUGAAUUCCGCUUUAUUUAUAUAGUCAUGAGUGAUCUUAAUGUUGAUUUGAGCAUACCUUUUCCUACUCCAAGGGAAGCUGAUGUUGCUUAUCAAACAUUGAGAGUGGAUUCAGAGCCUUCGAGGAGUGGAGUAGUAAAGACUUUGAAUUUAGAAUCCAAUUUUCUAAAAGUUAAUUUUACUGGUACAGAAGCUCGUAAAGUGAGAGUGGCUCUGACAGCAUUCUUUGACUCGCUACUUCUGGUCACUGAAACAAUGAAUGAAUUUGGAAAACCAGAGGCUUCUUACGAUCACUACUAGAAUUUAAAUUAUAUUUCUUUAUAU